GCACACUUACUAUAAAGAAGGCCUAGUCAGUCGGCAUGAUUACGGUUAUAUGCCGGUAAAGAAUGCUACCAGAAGAGAUCCACGAAUCCACGUUGCCUAUCUGACCACUUCUAGCGAAGGGUGGUCUAUGAUGGAACAAGGGCAAGUUAAGGAGUCAAUGAUGUUUUUCCAUUUAAAACAGUACCUACGAAGAAGUUUUGAUGUUGGCUCUAAAACGGGUAACCUAGAGAUCAGAGAGUUUGAGCGACAUUUCGAAUUGCCAAACUACGAUCAAAUGGUUAUGAAGGUUAGAGCUGAAACGAAUCGUGAUACUGAGGAUUAUAUCGCUACGUAUAAGCGAGCGUUGUUCUCUGUCACGGCAAAAGGGAAACCAGACAUUGAUGCAUAAGC